CGUGGUCACGCUUCGGUCCUACUCUCGUCUAGACCUCCGACAAUACUCUGACGCGUCGGUCCUCUCGUGUACGCCGUCGCCGACAAGAAGAGCGUCCUCAUUCUUCGCUCUUAUAAUCGUUCAGGGCAACAUUUGGAGGUCGAUAUGAGAAAAGUGUCUUGGCGUUGUCAUCGUGUUGGAGCUAGCCACAUUGGACACAAAAUGUCUCAUUUCGUAGCUUCGUUCCGGUUUCGUCCAUAUUAGUAGGGGCUUAUCAUGUCUGCUUUUAUGCCGUCAUUCAGCCAUGACACUUUCCAGGAUUUGACUGAUUGAAGAUCUAAGAUAACAACUGUUUUAUCUUCCCGUGCUGAGUUGUACAUGAUCAGCAGCAUCUUCAUCAUCAUGACACUUUCCAGUCUUGUGCACUCGCUCCUCUCGUCACCUCUGGAGCCGGUGGCUACAACGACGAAUCGGCGUAAUAUUGCAACGUCUUUUGAUAUCGUAGCUUUGCCGCCCCCUGGUGGCGUUCUCAAAUACCACCAUUAAGGCUAGACACGCACUAUCAUUUCUGGUGUGACACAUCUGGACUCUCUCCCCUCUCUUCCUCUUCAAGAAAGCAAAGGAUGAGACAAUCAAUUCAGAAUUAUCCUAACACAGUUUUAGGAUAAUCCUGAGUGAACUGUCUCAUCCUGCUUUGAUGUUUCCCCUUUCGUCAAGGGGAAGAAAGAAAGCAAGGGGCGGAAACAAAGUCUUUCGCAACUCACUCGGCAACAGAUAGUGAGUGGCUAGCGUUAACAGCAGCGCUAUUCCUCUCCGCAUGGUGCAAAUGGCAUCAACGGAGACGCAGAAGCUGUCGUUGGAGCAAAUAGCCUCAGUCAAGGACAAGCCUUUGGAAUGUCAGGUGGAACCUCGUCACCUGGAGUUAAGGGUUCUUGUAAGUUGACCGAUCUAUGAGCAUAUCUAUGGCUUCUUCAACUAGGAAAGUCAUAAAUAAAAAUAUGCGAGCUAGACCGGUCAGGUUGUAACCGCUAAUGGAGACGAUGACCUAGGAAAUCUUGGUCAAGGAGUAGUGCCUGGAAGUACUGCAGGCCUACGAAACCCCACUGGCCCAUCCGUGAGACCGCCAGAGGGCGACGUCUGUAUGGAUGAUGUUUUUUCCCCCAUCUAGGUCAGAGAGCCAUCUUCUUCUAGGCUGGUGUCCCUUUGGUUCCCCUCGAACCUGUGUACUUAUAGCUUAAGGGGGUACUUAGUUUUUCCCUCAUCAUGAUCCUAAGUUAGUACCUCCUCCAAUCAAAGCUUAGAGGGAAGCCUCGAUGGUCUGGCCCUAGAGGGGAGAAAAUACACCAUUCAUAGUUUGGCUUGUUCUUGAUGAAGCACCAGAGGAGACGAACGCACUGGUUGAAACAGACAUCUUCAAUAAAAGAUGGAUGCAUAUAACCGAUCCGAAAUCGGAUCCGAUGGGGAUUAAUUGUCUGGUUAUGGCGUUGAACUUCAAAAACAACUACAUGUAAACUGAUUUGGAUCUUCAUUCGUGUUGUGUUAAUACCUCGUAAAGUUAUAGAGUCCCGCCGGUAGUCGAGGAGUACCACCCGAGAUGCCAAUCAAUCUAUCGAUCAAUCUAUCAAUCAAUUACUCAGUAUUCAGUAAGUGCUCUUGAGGCUACGACUUCGGCACUUACACAUGGUAAGCACUUGAUCCUGUUAUACAUGGCAAGUCAAUUUUGCCGACUCCUGUUGAGCCUGAGUAAGAAAGUCAAAGCUUGUAUCUGUAGUAGAGACACAACAACACCUCCAGACUCAGACGUCGUGAAAUCAAAGACUUCUAGAUCAACAAAUAUAGGUCUUCUAACGCCCGUUCUGCGCAUAGUCUGCCCAUGCAUGGUCCGAACGCUGGGAUGGCCUCAUGGAGACAUCCAGCUUUCCUCUUCAAUCGCCGCGUCCAUAAAGUACAUGUUACACUUAAGGCCACGGUAACUAAAUCUUGCAACUUCAUGAUCGAUGCUAUCAAAAGUAAGUACAACAUAUUUGUUUUUUUCUUUCACGAGGAAGAGAACACUCAUCUACCACAGAGAAACACUCUGUGCUAGAUGGAGGUGACAUCACUGGAUGUCACCCUACUUUGGAGGGGAUAUGAUCACUGGAUUGAUUUAUUAGUUACAGCACUUGCCCUUGUUCUAUCAUAUAUUCUCAGCAAGACGGACUCGUCUCACGCUGAAAACCACUUAAUAAUUGGCUACAGCACUGCUCUUCACGGAGAAAAUACUGGAUUGACUUGCCCUUGUUCUAUCAUAUAUUCUCAGCAAGACGGACUCGUCUCACGCUGAAAACCACUUAAUAAUUGGCUACAGCACUGCUCUUCACGGAGAAAAUACUGGAUUGACUUGCCCUUGUUCUAUCAUAUAUUCUCACCAAGACGGACUUAUCUCACGCUGAAGAGGACUUAAAAGUCGUUGACUACACCAGAGUGACUCUAAUGCCAUCAAUCAAAAGAUGUUUCAGCCGGUGAACAUGGCUUCAGAAGACGGUCAUGAUGGAGAGCGGGAAGAAAUUGCACCAAAAUUGCUGUGGGAUGCAGUCUAUAAAGGAACAGUAGACUCAGAUUAAGGCUCUAUAAUUCGUCGGAUUCAUGGAGGAUUGAUCGUCGAGUUUUAAGUAGAUUAAGGAGGCUUUACAGCUGCGGGGUUAGCAGAUCAAUUGCCCUAGUAUAUACUAACUAUGUAAUCGAGGAUCGAAAUAGAUUGUAUAGAUGCUUAAGUUAGAUUGAGUCUGCUGUAACAACUAUACUCACUUGGGGCGAGCGGACGAAUUCGCAAAGUUUUCCUCACACGACUUUUCUCUCGCCACCUCUCUCCCUGCUCGUCCAAAACCAAGGUCUCGGUAGUUCCUCUGCCAUCGCUUCCUCCAAAUACUGCCAGUACGCUCUACUUCCUCUCUAAUCUUAAGGGUCCGACUUUGAGCUCGCUGGCUCUGCAGUCCCGGAUGGUGGAGGAAAGAUGCCCUACUUCCGCAAGUUCUGUCCACCAGUGGAUACCAGAUCGGAAUAUCAGUUGUGCGUUGCGGACGAAGAUAACGACAGCUGGAAGGAAUGCUAUAAUCUAUUACGAUCAUUAUAGCUGGAAAUGGAGUAAGUGCUAUAAGCUCUUACCAUUGUAACAAUUCUUUAUCGCUCUCUAGGACUAGUAGAGUGGUAGACUCGUGCUCGUUUUUCUCGGCUCUUAUUUCGCGCUUACCAGCUGUUACGAUAGCUGGAAUACAGAUGAGUGCUAUGAUCUAUUAGGGAUAUUUAACGUUUUUCAAACGUACCCUAUUUAUUUUGCGUAUCUUCGGGACCUCUCAUCAGGUUUUUCAAGUAGGAGUGGUAUGACAAAAAUCCUGGUUGUAGAACAAAUCCACUUAUAAACUCUAUAGUCAACUACAUAGUUUUUGUAAGUAUUUUGAUUUGGUUCUAGCUGAAGAUUCCCUCAUCGCUAUUACAUCUCACUACACAAUUCAUGCUAGUUCAAGCUGAAGAUUCCCUCAUCGCCAUGAUUACAUGUCACUACACAAUUAUAUUCACUUUCUAACACAAGUUGUUGGCGGCGUCCGCCCACCUGGGGAGAAGCCUCGAUUGAAGCCUAAGAUGCACUCGGUGGCCGGUUCUAUUGCGGGACCGUGGGAAGGGUUGUUGCCAGUGAAGGAUUUAGUUAAGGCUGUUCAACAUGUAAUAAUGUAACGUAUUUGCUUGACUUCUUGAACGGAUCACUGCUUGCUGGAUCCUAUGUAUUUGCUUGACUUUCUGAACGGAUCACUGCUUGCUGGAUCCUAUGUAACGUAUUCGAAAACUGAAAAUAACCGAGGUACUGACUGAAAUAAGGGAGGUAGCUUUGACAGGGCUACUCUUCCUUCUCAUCAGUAUCUCGCCUCUAUAUUAAGUAGUUACUCGCUUAUUUCAGUUUUUCGAAUACAAUUUUCCAAUAACUGAUUCAUCAACUUGAUGAAAGUCUGAGCAACAAGUUGUUCUCGUUGUGUUGUGUUGAACUCGUCCUCUAACCUAUGGUAUGCAGUUCAGAAAGAAAAUUUCUACACAACUGGCCAAGUCGACGCGCCGGUGCCAGAUUUUGUGGGUGAAUACCUAAGUCCGAUCAGUGGAGGGCUCACUUCGUUUGACGGAACGCUGGGUGCAAGUUCAGGUGGAGUGCAUGGAAUUUUUAAGGCUACUAGAUUUGAAAAUAUGAAUUUUUAUUAAGGCAGAUGAUUUUAUACAUGCAACAUGAGUGAAAGAGCAUGGCAUUCAUCUACGUUCUUGGAGUAAACAAGCAUUCUUCUUGUUGUAAUUCCAUUUAGAAGACAGUUUUAGAUAUAGUACGGCCUGAAACCUAAUAAAGAAGAUAAGCACCUUGAAGCACAAGCAACAAAUAUGUCGAUCCUGAGCGAUUACUGAGGUUCACCUAGGAUUUACUUGAUAAGGAGCUGCAGCGGACACCAGAAAUGCAUAGUUGUAUGAGUCGCGUCUCUAAUCGCACUCCCGUUCUUGACCCUCAUGGUACCCACAGCGAACAAGCAAGUACAACCGCAGUACCUGGAGUAAGAGAACAAGGCUCAUCUCCCGAAGAUUUCCUUUCAUCCGUAGAUGAUUAUCGAGGCGGCGGUCAGGCAUCAACUCAUCGAACCGUCCUCCCCGGGCGGUUGGGGAAACCGCGCUACCCAUUCAUCGUAGAUGCGUACGAAGAUGAAGGGAAAGCCCCGCCAAUACCUAUGCAAUUUUCAUGAUAUAAUGUUUCUAGUGCUGCUUUUGGCUGGGAAUCGGCGUACCAAUAGACUUGUGCAAUUCACGCGGGUUCUAUGUUGGAGACGACCAGACGUUGUAUUGAUGGAUACCUUCUAUGCACGACCAGUUCUGAUGAUAUUGGCUAGGGCCGCUCGAGCUCGGCGUACGCGUACCACAUGGAAAUGUGAGUAUCUAAAUGCAUGUCCCGUAACUGGUAGGAGGGCUGGCUGAAACUACUUCGAAUGCGGCGUACUAGUACAGGGAUGUCAAUACCACCUAUGCACUAGUUCUCGCAAUAAGGGCUACGACUGAUUGGAAAACCUCGGCGUGCUUCAGCCUCGUUGAGAAUACGUGGCCCUGCCUCAUUGAGAGUAGGGAUAGGACGUGAGAAGGACCAGGACAAGAUGAGUUUAUCACAUGACGAAGUCGAACAUGUCUCAUACAUCAGAGUACAACAAAUACUCCUUCAAUUUUGUGGGACAUGUUAACCUCCGUCUUUCGCGAGUCAUUCUGGUGAUGCUUCUAGUGUAGUCCUCGUGAAUCAAGUUCAGUAAGUC